AUGCAAGGCGGUCAAGGCUCCGGCAAGACGACUCUGUGCGCCCAGCUCGAACGGACGCUCAGCUCUCCGCCUCACUCGCUCCGAGUCGCUACGCUCUCUCUUGACGAUCUCUAUUUGCCUCGUGAGCAACUCGACGCGCUUGCCCGUCGUAGCAGGAAUCCACUGCUAUCCGGACGUGGUCAGGCUGGCACACAUGAUCUGAGCCUGGCGCGGCAGAUACUCGACCAGGUCAAGAAUGGCGCAGACUCGCUCGAGCUGCCCCUCUUCGACAAGUCAUUGCAUUCCGGCAAAGGCGAUAGAUCAGCAUCAGCGCGACACGUCUCCGGUCCUCUCGAUAUCUUUGUGCUCGAAGGCUGGAGCAUGGGCUUUGCACCCCUCAGCGAGGGUGAGCUGCAAUCGCGCUACAACGAAGCGAACGCAGAGCGGUCAUACUACAAGCGAUAUGCCAUUGAGCACCUGCGCGAGCUCAAUCACAACCUCUCGCAAGCUGCCGAUGCAAUCUAUCCUUAUUUCCACGCAUUCGUACAGCUCCGAGCGAGCAAAUUGGACGAUAUUUUCCUCUGGCGAAUCGAGCAAGAACAUUCACUCUUGGCUGCCAAGGGCGCAGGUAUGUCGGACGAGCAGGUCAAGCUGUUCGUCGAGCGUUACAUGCCGGGCUAUGAACUCUGGUCGGGCGGCAUCACAUCAGGCAGACAUGCUGCAGUAUGGAGAGGCAGAGGUAUCGCACUCCUGCUCGAUGCGCAGCGAAGUGUCCUGAGCACCGAGUCCUUCUGA